UUUUCAGUCGCCAUCUCUGCCCAAUUUCCGAUUAUUCAGAUAUAUGUGGCACAGAUGUAUACCUAUAGCUGUGGUCUCUUAUAUCCUGACCCUAUCUGUGGGCCGAAUGUAUGGCACGAAACAUAACUACAAGAUUGACUCCAACCAAGAGAUGGUGGCGUUGGGUGUCUGCAACAUCUGGUCCUCGUUUUUCGGUAGUCUCGCCUCCUGUGCGUCAAUACCUCGGUCUUCAGUACAAGAGAGCGGUGGCGGCAAAACACAGUGUGUAUUGGCCUCAUGUAUAGCUUGCGCUCUGUUUACAAUUUUUGCUAAAUUCAAAGAGUUUAUGAACUUCUGGCGGAUCUCAAAGUUGGAUGGAGCCAUAUGGAUGAUAACAUUCUGGGGUGUAGUGAUACUGAACGUGGAUUACGGCAUAUACAUGGGCUUC